AUGGCCGUGGUUUCAAAACAUUCUCGCCCGGACCAGUGGCCCUCCGUUCGUCUCGCGCCGCUAGCCACUGAUACCUCCGGCACCUCUGGAUUGGCAUCGAGGCCAAGCAAAAUGGAUAUCGGUUACGUUUUAAACCAAGAAGUAACCCCAGAGUCUGAACAUGGGUCCAGGUUCGCUGGGCAUCCGAAAGUCAUUGGCUUCCCCAUCGCGCCGUCUUCGCAGUCUUCAUCACCGGGACCAACAUUCGGGCGAGCACCGCUCCCCGACGUGAGACCGCCUUCAUCGACAGGCUCGAUGAGUUCGCCUGAUGUUCCUCUUUCUGGACCAGAUCACCUCGCGAUGGCUGCAUCUAUGAGCAAACCAUCACCGGAGCACCUCGCGCAACGUGGAAGCUCCCCGGUGAAAGCUAAAAAGGUGACGAGGACGUAUAUCGAGGAGGUUUUGGCACAACGGGGCGAACCAAUGACGUCGCGUGAGAUCUGCAAGGCUAUAAUUGCCGACCUGAAGGUAGAGCUCGCGCCCCAGAGCGUGCGUAAGGAACUGUCUUGCUGUACGUUGCUGUUUUAA